AUGGCUAACCCAGCUGCUGCCGAUGCCGGUACAGAGAGUCUGCGGAAGAGAAACACACCCAUCAGAGUACACAGCAAGGAGGAUGCCCGAAGAGCGGUUCUCGAGCUCAACGCGCUCGAGGAGAAGGAAGUCAAAGAUGACAAAGACCGCAAGACUUUCGGCCGCACCCCAGAUGGUACUGUCUUCACUGUGCCAUACACCCAUGACAUGGUCUCCCAGCUGCUGUCCCCCACAGAGCCGAAGAACUUGUCAGACAUAUGUGUGCUCUUGAUCCUGUUGCUCCAUGUUCUUCUGGCCUGGUUCCUCCCUUCAACCGCGAGGAAACCAGUACUGGCCACCAUUUUCUUGUGCUGGAGAGCCGGUUACAACAUUGGCAUAGGAUACCUACUCCAUAUGCAGUCUCAUCACAAGUUGUUGGUGCGUUGGGCUCGAAAGUCGAAGCUGUUUCCCAUCGCUUCGAACGGAGAAAACCCUCAUCCAAAGCUGCGUGCCUUCCUCAAGAGAGAAUUUGAGACCAAGAUCCCCAAAGAUUACAAUUUCGAUACUGCUCCGCUUGAGUACAAUACGUGGUUACUCUUCCGCCGCCUGGUCGACCUCAUUCUGAUGUGCGACUUUACGACCUAUAUGCUCUUCGCCAUAGCAUGCGCUCAUACACCAGCGUCUGAGUCGGUCUUUGUGACCUUGCUUAGAUGGUUGGCCGGCAUAGCCCUGUUCGCCUUCAACAUCUGGGUUAAGCUGGAUGCCCAUCGCGUCGUCAAGGAUUUCGCCUGGUAUUGGGGUGACUUUUUCUACCUUAUUGACCAAGAGUUGACCUUUGACGGGGUUUUCGAGAUGGCCCCUCACCCGAUGUACUCCAUAGGGUAUGCCGGCUAUUACGGAGCAUCGUUGAUGGCGGCCAGUUAUAAAGUCCUCUUCAUUUCAAUCAUUGCUCAUGCUGCGCAAUUUGCAUUUCUGGUCAUGGUUGAAAGUCCUCAUAUCGAGCGUACUUACAGCUCUCCGCCUCCCCGCCGAGCGAUCAAUGAGUUGCCGGCGGUGGCACAAACGGACAAAUCGCCGACAGAUUACAGCUCCACAGCCGAAAUAUGGCCACACCCAGCCCAUGCGCAACCAUCCCAAACGCACAAUCUACUAGGCCUGCAGAACUUCGAUCUGUAUCGGACCACCGACACUGCGGUCUUUUUACUGCAACUCUACUUAAUUGCUUUGACCGUGUGCACCCCGAAUACGAGACCUUAUCAGACACUUCUUGUUGUCAACGCGACCAUUUGCCGGAUUUGGUACUCCGCGGGUAUUGGCUAUUUGCUGAACAGACAAUCAGAGAAGAAGAAAUGGACCCGACAUUUCCUCAAGUACGGCGAAAGUACGGGCGAAGCUUGGAGGCAGUGGAAGGGGAUCUAUCAUCUCAGCAUGACUCUGUGUUAUUCCAGCUUCGUUGCCGCGGCUUGGAAGAUGUACCACAUCCCUUCGAACUGGGACAACGGGAUGGCACUGCCUAAACACGUCAUCGGACUAGGCCUGAUCGCUCUUCAGAUCUGGGUUUCUUUCAGCAUCUACGACUCACUCGGUGAGUUUGGUUGGUUUUUCGGCGACUUUUUCUUCGACCACUCUUCGAAGCUGACAUACGGUGGUAUCUAUCGCUUUCUCAAUAAUCCAGAGAGGGUCCUCGGUACGGCGGGAGUUUGGGGCAUUGCUCUCAUUACGAGUAGUAAAGCCAUGUUUUGCCUAGCCCUCCUAAGCCACACCCUCAGUCUGACCUUUAUCCAAUUUGUCGAAAGACCCCAUAUGCAGAAGCUCUACGGCAGGAGUCUUCGUCAGGACGCGGGCCUGGUCAAGAGCCUGCGGAGGUCGCUGCCACCACCGCUACGCGAAUGGCAAGAUGGCAUGGACAAAAUGCUUGGAGAAGCAUUCGACGUGAUCGAGGAUAUGAUCGACGCGGCGAAGCCGAGAUUGACCGCGGGUAUGACUAGCAUCGUUGAGGACACGAGGAGUCUCUUGCCAAAGAGCGCACACCGCCUCAGCUUGACAAGGCAUGACUCGGACCUUGCUGGACUGAACCCGAAAGAGUACGAGCUGGAAAUCGAAGGCACGCCUGCAUCAGCUCUUGCUGAAUCACAACGGUCGAGCGAUAAGGAGUCCGAGCAAGCCAGGGUCCCCGCGGAGCGGACCAACAACUUCAAGCCCCUACUCUUCGAGUACGGCGCUCCGAUCAAAGUCAAAUGGACCGCACCUUUGAACCACAGCAAGCGGGACUGGAUUGGUCUGUACAUGGUUUCGGACAACAACUCGCGCGAAGUGACCAGGCUAUCGUCGUCCGGAAGAUGGAUUGCUACAAAUCGUGACGAGUACGAGAUCCUCCAAUCCGAAGUGGGCAUAAUAUCAGCAGACAUCAAGAGCACGAAAACUACAGAGGACGGCAAUUUGAAAGAUUGCUUGACAGGUGAGAUGCUCUUCUCUGGCGACAAGUUAUGGUGGACUCAGGGCGUUUUCGAGUUCCGAUACCACCACAAUGGGAAGCACAAUGUCAUGGCUAUCUCGUUACCGUUUGAAGUGCGCAUCCCACGCUUUAGCGAAGAUGACCUAUCUCUGGAGUCCAACAUAACACUUUCCACUCCAGUAGCUCCACACCAGGAUGCCUUGGUCCGUCACACUAUUGAGAAGAUACUGUUGCCCAUUGUGCAGAAUUGCUUCGACCGCGACCCAGAUAUCGCACCACGGACUGUCUCUGAAGCAUUUGGAAGCCUGGUCGAUCGAGACGGGAAAUAUGCUAAACGUGUGGUAUACGUGAUCCACCAGAUGUUUGGCAUUGAGUUUGCGCCCGAGGUGGUCAAGGCAGAUGGGAAGGUGGAGAACCUGGCCUGGCGGAUAUGGGAGGCGAAGAAGGUGUUGGCGCCUUUCAGCAUGUCGAAGUCAAGAGGUCCAGGGACACCCAUUGAGGGAAGCUCUUGA